CGCAGCAGUGCAGUGGGGCAGCGGCGACGGCGCGCCACUGCAUGCCUCGAGCCCGCCCUCCGUGCCGCCGCCCUCCAUGCCGCCUUCGCCGCCGGCCAUGCGCAUCCCACUGCGUCUGGACGUGGCACAGUACAAGCCGGUCCAGCUGUCGCUCGCCCUCGCGGUGAUGUUCGCCGCUCGUCUCGCCGAGCUCGACACCACCAACCCCUCCGGCCUGCUCGCUGCCGCGGGCUUUGGAUUGCUGGCCCUCGCCAACCUGGCACAGGCCUCGCCUCGCUUUCUCGCGCGCGCGAUGACCCUGGUUCUCGUGUGCGCCCCGACUCUGCGUCUUGUCAGAGUCCUUGUCCGCUCGCCGGAAGCGAUGGCCCGUGACCUCGACAAGCUCGCAGGCAUUGGGCGUUGCGUAAUCACGAUGGCUACAGCGACCGGCGCCGCUUUCGGAGCUCUGCCACCCUCUGCCCUCCCUCCGACCCGCAAGCUACUCGCAGUGGGAUACUGCGCUUGCGCGUCGGCAUGCGUGAACGUGAUCCUUCGUGUCCGCACGGGCGACGAGAGCGCGCCCUCCUUUCACCUGCUGCACAUCGUCCUCCCCUUCUUCGCGUCCUUCCUCGCGGCCCAUGCAGCUUCGCGCAGCAGCUUCGGGCAGAACGUGGCGCGGCAGAACGUGGCGCGGCUCGCGUCCUUCUUCGCGGCCCAGCGAGGAACGCGACCGCACCGGCCGACCGCCGCCGUGCAGCUCGAGAUGGGCUGCCCGCUGAGCACGCCGCCGCUCAAGAUCGCGGUGGGCGUCUGCUGCGGGCUGAUGGGUGGCCCCGCCUCUUGCGCUCCAUCACCCUCUCCCAGUUCUGUCCUUGAGGUGGUGUAUAGAUAGUGGUAGCUGCUGCACGAACGUACGGUCCUCGAGGAGUUGUACGUUUCUCGCGUCAGUGUUCUCGUGUAUCUGUAGAGCGUGUGUCCAUUGUGUGAUUACGUCGUACGUGAGAUAGAUUGUUUAA